CCAUUUCCAAACUACAAAUUGGUUUGCCCCAAGCACCCUCCUCUGGGUACCUGGGCCGGACCAUUUUCAAACCCGGGAGGGGGAGGCAGGGAGACAGGUGAGAUGUUCGUGUAUUUUAAACCCCAGCUUUAAAGGGGAAGGGGGGGCAACCCCUGAUUCAAAGACACGAUGGAAUCAGAGUUGACAGCCCACGCCUGAGGGGCUGCUGCGCAGGAGGGAGGGAUUUCUCUUCUCCCCCCCCCCAACUGCCGCGAGGAAGUGGUACGUCCCGCCCCUUGGGCGAGGCUGCAGCACCUGAGCUGGAGACAGACGCGCGGAGCGGGCGGGCGAAGCUAUCGGGAGUCGGACGCGGCCGAAUCAAGCGGGUAGCGCCCCUCCCCCUUUGGCGGGAAGGGGGAGCCCGACGCGGGCGAAUCAACCCGGCCCCGUGUUGCUUGGGGGAGGCGGGGAUGGAGACCCAGGGACCCCAGCCGGCUCUGCGGACUCUGCUAUGGCUCCUGGUCGGCGCAUGGGUCUCAGGCCCUGCCCAUGGAAUGCAAGUCACGGUGCUGAACCCUUUCAAUGUGGUGAUCCUCUUCCAGCCUGUUACCCUGCAGUGCAACUAUCAGACCUCAGCCACCCAGCCGCCCAUAGUCACCUGGAAGUAUAAGUCCUACUGCCGGAGCCGCCUGGCCGAUGCCUUCAACCCCAGCAGUCAGGAGAACCAGAUCAACAACCAGCUGCAGCAGAACAACCCCGGAUACAACCCCUAUGUGGAGUGCCAGGACAACACUCGCACAGUGCGGGUGGUGGCUACAAAGCAGGGCAACGCCGUGACACUGGGGGACUUCUAUCAGGGGCGUCGGAUCACCAUCACCAACAAUGCCGACCUCAGCAUCGACCAGACCGCCUGGGGCGACAGCGGCGUGUACUACUGCACCGUCACCUCUUCACAAGACCUGCAGGGCAACAAUGAGGCCUAUGCGGAGCUCAUCGUGCUGGACUGGCUCUUUGUCAUCCUGGUGGUGCUGGGAUUCCUCCUCCUUCUCCUCCUCUUCGGUAUCUGCUGGUGCCAGUGCUGCCCCCACACCUGCUGCUGCUAUGUCCGGUGUCCCUGCUGCCCUGAGAAGUGCUGCUGCCCAGAAGCUCUCUACACCGCUGGAAAAGCUGCCACUGCUGGCGUCCCCAGUGUUUAUGCUCAGAGUGUCGGUGCCCCCAGUAUCUACUCCCACCCAAACCCGAUGAAGCUAGGUCCUCCUACUACCAUGAUCCCCAUGUCGCCCAUGUACAACGGUUAUGGGGCAGAGUACGACAGAGCCAGCUCCGUUGGUGGGAACAGCUCCCAGGUGCCCCUGCUCCGGGAUACCGAUAGUGGUGGGAACUCAGUGCGGAGUGGAUACCGGAUCCAGGCUAACCAGCAGGAUGACUCCAUGCGGGUCCUUUAUUACAUGGAGAAGGAGCUGGCCAAUUUCGACCCUACACGGCCAGGCCAAGCCAAUGGCAAGCUGGAGAAAACCUCAGUGAUGAGUGAGAUCAGCUCCCUCCAUGAAGACGACCGGCGCCAGGAGCUGCGCCAGGGGCUGGGGCGGCUGCGGACCCGGCCCAUGUCACCCAUCAGCGAUGUGGGGGAGGGGGAGAGCGGGCGGGGCAGUGAGGCCCGGCACCACCUCCUCCCCCCUCCCCGGCGGGGCGAGCGCUACGAGGAGGAGCAUUAUGCCCGGCGGCCCCGCUCCCACUCUGUGGAUGACCUGGACCGCGACUGGUCCCCACAGCCGGAGGGACGGGGCAGGGGGCGGGGCAGGCAGCGUCGGGACAGCUCCCCUGACUGGCGGGAGGAGGAAUACUACGGCCACCGGCGCAGCCGCAGCAGGGACGACCUGCGGGACCUCGAUAGGGGCCACUACGAUGGUCGGCUCCUGCAGGAGGCGCUGCACAAGAAGGGGAGGGCCGGCAGCCGUGAGGACCUGGACGGGGGCAGCGGGUCCAGCGCGCGAUCAGGGAACAGGAGGGACCGGGAUGAAGAUGGCUUCCCCCCACCGCCGCCACCCUACACAGAAACAGAGUCGGUCUCCUCCCGGGGCAAGAAUGACCGCAAGCUCCGACGGAACCACGACCUCAGCAGAGAGAGCUUGGUGGUUUAAAUGCAAUCCACUUUCCUUCCCGAUCGCUUCCACCACCAGUGUGGGAGAUGGAGGCCGUGGAUCUGAGAUGGUCGCGUCUUUCCUCGGAGGGCACACAGGACACUGGCUGGCCCGUUGCCAUGAGGCUCAGCAAAGCAGUUCGAGCCUUGUCUACCUGGAUGCUUUUAUUUUGAAUUGGAUCAACGUGCAGCCUGAGACUUCUCAAGUCAGGCAAGGGACAGGGGCUCCGGAUUGCCACAGAAAAGCAGGGCAUUUCCUGGGAAAUCUGGAGCCCUUGUCGGGGAAGAGGAUGUGUCUAAAUUUUAGCCUUAAUUUUAAUAUAGCAUUUGGUUGAAAUAUUUGGGCCAGCUCCUCAACUGGUCUAAAUUGAUCUCAGUUGAGCGACGUCCACUUGACACCAGCUGGAGACCUGGCCAAUUAUUUUGGCUCCAAUUCCCACAGAACUGUAAAUUUUGUUUCUCUGGAUAUUUUUAAAUAUUUUGAAGCUUUAAGACUAACUUUUUUUCAAAGCUGUCUUAAAAUUACAUACGUUUUUUAGCAGAGUUGUGGAAUCCCAGAUGCUGUACAUACUUUUGCAAAAAGCUGUGCCGGUUUUUUAUUGGUAGGCUUUUGAGAUUUUUCUGAUUGUUGUAGAAAAUAAAAAAUUCAGCUAAAAA